AUGACACCUGUACCAGACACAAGCUGCCCAACAAUAACAUCGGCACCCGCGUUGCAUCACCAACAAAAUGCACCAGCGCACACACCAUCAGUUACACAGCUGCCAGACGCGGCUAUCGAUCUCGCGAACAAGAUGUUUCACCUAGCUCGCCACGGUGAUGCUACUUUGAUCGACUAUCUAGCUGUGGGUCUGCCACCCAACCUUACCAACAACCGUGGCGAUACCCUCCUAAUGCUUGCAUCAUACCAUGGCCAUGCGGACCUCGUUCGAAGAAUGUUGGAAGAGUCGCAACAAGCUGCAUCGCGGCACGCAGCAGCAACAGAUGACUCCAGUGGGCCACCGGCUCGUACUUGGCGUGGCAAGCCAAAUCCAAACCAGCUCAACGGCCGCGGUCAGAGCAUUGUUGCAGGUGCUGUAUUCAAGGGAUGUGACCAUGUGGUACGUCUGUUGAUCGCACAUGGAGCAGAUCCUCUCGCGGGACAGCCCAACGCCGAGGAAUGCGCGCAGAUAUUCAACAAGUGGGACGGUGAGAAUGGGUAUAGAGAGCUUUUUGAAAAGGCAACAGGACGAGGUGUUGGUGGUCGUGAGGCGGCUCCUGCGGUUGAGGAUCGAGAGCAGGCAAGGAGAGUGCCUGGAGCUGGGUUGCAGCGAAUGGGAGCAGAAGAUAAUGACGCUGCGACAUCACAGCCUCCCCUGUCGACGGAUCACUUCAGACACAAUAUUGUAGCUGAGCAUUGA